GACCCUAUUGGAUUCAUAGAACGUGUAGAAGAAAUGGCUGAAAUGUACAUCGUGGAAUUGAAUCAAAUAAUUAAAGUAAUGCCAGAGUUGUUACGAGGUAAAGCUUUAAUCUGGCUAAGGAACAACAACCGACACUGGACUACCUGGAACGAAUUUAAGAGUGAUUUUCUGAAAUUCUCUUUGCCACCGAGAUACUUUGAGAAAUUGGAGGAUGAAAUUAGGAGAAGGAUACAGCGUAAUAAGGAGCCGUUUAAGGAAUAUGUACUCUCUAUACAGCAUCUUAUGCAGCACACCAAUAUGACCGAAGAACAAAAAUUGGAACGAAUUUUUAGAAACGCGCAUUCGGAUUAUCAAUGGUACAUUCGCCGUAAAGACUUUACCACACUUUCGGAAUUGAUCUCCUUGGCAGACGAACUCGAAAGCAUACCAAAUAAUUCUCGGUCAGAACAGCCUCGAAAUCAACAAAACUAUAAUCGACGUGCGGACAACUCUAGAAAUAACCUGUAUUGCACCAAUCAAGGUGACCAAGUGCUCAACGAAAGCUCAUCCAAUCCAGAAACGCAGCAGGAUGAACCCCCGGCAAAGAAGAGUAACCAGAAUAUUACCUCAUUGCAAUGUGAAGAAUAUCGCCUUACUGCAACUGUCUUAAUAGAGGGGAAAGCUAUUAAAGCAACUGUCGACACGGGUGCCACUAGCUGUUUUAUAAAAAGAGAAUUUGCGGAAAAAAUCAAGAAAAGGUUUACUUAUUCACGGCAUGAGGCAAAUGUUAUCCUCGCAGACGGCACCACGGUGAACAUCACAAGAUCAACAGUGUUACCUGUUACAUUUGGAAACCAAAGCUCAGAUGUUACAUUUCUCAUCAUGCCGCAAUUCAAGGAAAACAUCAUAUUGGGAUUGGAAUUUCUAAAACAGUUCCACACGACCAUUCACUGCGCCGGUAUAAGUGUCAAAUUAAGUAAGCCAACCACAUCAACGGAGCAUUGUACCGUGGCUAUAGGAGAGGAAACCCCAUCAAAAGAGACAUUAAAUUGACAAUACCCAAACUAAUCAGUGUCCUAAUAUAAGCCCAUACUGCAAAGACCAUCGCAAUUCUCAAAAUUUCAACAUCACGAUGGAGCAAGAUAGCCCCAACACGAAAAAAUUCAAACGGGCGAAGGAGAAAUUUCGAGCUCAUCUGGAACAAGUCGAGGCUCAAAGGCGAAGGACAAUAUUUUUAGACGAAGGUCCUAGUACCAGCCGAAAGAGGAGAACAAAUCAAUACCGUAAGCCCAAUCCAAGAAAGGGUAGCAGUCAAUCCUCAUCGCCCCAGCACCAAAUAUUUUACCGAAUGUGCAGCACAACCCCGAAUGACGUUCCACAGCAAAAGUGUAACACGACCGAAAACAACAGCGACGAUAUCGAUGAAACUGACUCUUUGAACGAGGAAACCCAGCCUAGUAGUGACGUCCCGCGUACACCAACCUACGCCCCGUGUUUUGGUUCGCCAAAUAGCUUUAAGCCGGCUUCCGAUGUGCUCUCAACACCCACUUCAAGGUGCUCAGAAAUGCCUGCUACACCGGGUAAAGAAUGGUGUCGUGACUCAGAUGACGCAUCAACUCUUCCUCGGCCCAAUAUGGAGGAGUCGGAUGAAUCUCAAUCAAAUUUCGAAAUGGAGGAAGAAUGUCGGCGUAUGUUUUACGGUUACUUAGAAACCUCAGUGACUCGGCGAGCACAGUCACCCUUAUCCUCGAAUAAUUCCUCGCUGGAUGAGUCGGAUAACGAAGAUCAACGUUCCUCGUCUCCGCCAAAAAGGUAUGGUCUGGGAUUUGUCCGUCAGAAAGAUAGCCAAUACAAAUAUCUCGGAUUUCGCUGUUAUGAGAGAACAGUUACUGUGCAGCUUUUGGUCCCCGACUCCGGGGAAAAUCCAAUAUAUGAAAUAACCAACCCACCGCCGGAUAAUCAUCGUACGCCCUCACCCACACCCGCGAUAGGGGAAGAGAUCAACACCGAAGAUAUCCAUUCAAUAUCCAACACCUCACACAAACAUGAGGAGGUUCCUACUUCAUCCUCACAUGCUUUCGCACAUUUAGAAGAAGACUCCAGAUCGACCGCAAGUAGUUUUGUGACAGUUUCCGAAGAUCCUAGUUCUGAGUGGUGGACCCAAUGGCAGACGCUGGUUGGUGUUCCUCCAUCAUCACCGCUAUAUAACAUAACCGAACAAGCAAAUCUGUUGCAUAGUGAUGACGUACAAAUUCCAUCGCAAUCCAAUGCUGCCGUCAUAUCGGACGAUCACAGGUCCCCCAACGUGAAGGAAGAUAAAUCAUUACCAGGAACGCCGGGAUACGUUGUCGAACUGUCAUCACCAUCGAUAUCUUCCCGAUCGUCAUCCUCAUCCUCAUCAGCCUCGUCGUCGUCAUCAUCAUCCACAAGCCAAACGAUGACACCUCAUCAGCCAACAUUGUGUAGCAGUCAACCUUCCAUCGAUGAAGUGUUUAUACCCAGUAAGGAGAAUAAUAGCACACCAAGUACAAUCAAAUUGCCAGUCACUGUAAUCCCAACUGAGUCAACGCCAUCGUCCUCGACAGACAAUCCCGUGAACGAUAACACAUUUCUCGAACUGCCAAAUUAUCCCGAAAACCUACAAAUCCGUAUCGAGAAGUUUAAAAACAAUUGGAAAAAGGGACACAAACUGAAGCGAAUUGUUAAACAAGAUGGCAAGCAGUACCGCAUAAUAAUAUCAGCAGACGGGGUAGUGAAGGUAUCUCUCCGAACUUCUGCAAUUGGUCUCUAACAUACCUUCCUAUUCGACCGAGAUAUAGUCGAACCAAAGUGCCCAUGUCGGAGAAAUAAAAGGUUACAUAACACCCUAGGGCUUCCUGGCUAUUGAAACCCAAUAGCAAUAGAGAAAGCAAAUCAAGGAAUCAAAAAUCAGAGGGAGGAAGAGAUGCCAUGUAACGCCCAAAAGUCAUGCUUUCGUUUUUGGGGUACAUUAUUAUUUUAAAUACCAUUUUUACUUACUUAUGUUAUAUACAUCAACUAUGAAUUAUAUUUUUUUUGUUUGAAAAUGAAUUAAAAUAUUUAAGUUAUGAAUUAAACUAAUAGCUACUCAGGGUCAUGUAA